AUCUUAUGCUAAAUAUAGCAUUUUGUAUCAAAUUUAUAACAAUAUUCAAAUCUUUGAAAUAGUCUUACCACCACAUAUACUCACACGUACACCUUUUAUGUCUUUUAGAAGACACUACACUAUAUUUUUCUUUGCUAUAAAUACAUACACACAAACACAUAUAUAAUUUUGAAACCAACCCUAUCUCUGGUGAAUUUAAGAACAAGCUAGCUAGGGCCCUCCUCAACAAUGGCCUACUAUGGAAGAAGAAGCUCAACGACCACCUCCAUCUUAGAAGGGUUCACUCUAACACCGCUUCCGUACCCAGUUCUGCUCAUCUUAGCAGUUGCUUUCAUCUUUCUCGGUUCAUCAUGGUACUUUUCAUACGAGGAAGCUGUGGAAAGCGCCGAAGAACAAAUCAGUUGGGUUAUGUUCGUAGUGCCAAUACUUCUUUUGCUCAUCGUUCGUUGGCUCUCAUCCAUGGAGAAUCCAGAUGCACUUUUUGCCAUGUCACCGUGGGACCGUCGCCGGAGAACCCACCACAUUCCGUCGGAGGGUAGCUCGCCGUGGGGUGUGGCUGCUCUCAUCGUUCUCAUACUGGUUUUGCUUCAGUACCACUCUGUCUUUCGUGAUAGUUGGUUAAUAUAAUAUAAUAUUUAAUACACAUAUAUAAGUAGAGGAAGUGUAUCAGCUUGUUCAUAUUUUUGGUUUUUUAUGUUCAUUUUGCAGUUUUAAGAAUUGGGCUUUUCUUUUUUCUGUUUUUGAAAUGGUUUUUUUUUUUUUUUUGUAUAAGAUCAUGGCUUUGUUUGUAUAUCUAUAUGAGAGUGUUUUUUUAGCUGUGAUCAACACGGAAUUACUUAUCUUGA